ACGGUCCUAAGAGAUGGAACAAUAGACAGCGAGCUUGAGCUCUCACGGUCCAAUUGACGAAACGCAAUUGUGGGAGAUUCAAAGUUGAAGAUUAGAGAAUUAAUAGUUUCGGUGUAUCAGACGCGUCUUGGAGUUAUCUCGGCACCGGUCACCUCGCGGGUAUCAGCUUGGCCGCGUCUCUGAUCGCUUAAUCGCUGAUGGAAUUACCACCUGCUCAGGAGUAUCGGACUAUCCGUCCAUUCGUCUCAGCAGCCGCAUUGUCCGAUCAUAUCUGACGAGAUUCGGAACUCUGAAUAUUCGCUUUCGAUUAUCACGCUCCAAAUAUUUGCGAAUAAUAUCUCGGAGGUCUAUAGUAAUGACGAGUCGAUUCGUUAGGAAUCAUGAAUGAGAUCGACGAUAUCGACCGUCGUUUGGAAAUAAUUUUUUUUCUCUCAGAUCGCACUCUCCGUCGCGUUGUCAUAACGAUAUCAACAAAACGACGUUUGAUGUACAUGGGAAGGGUGGUUUGAUAGCGGUUCUUCGGCGCACGUGCAAGCCACCGGAAGGUUAGGAGUGAGAAGUUCGACCGAACGGGGUCGAUACGAAAGCCUUGAUUUCACCAGGUAACCCACCUACCCUACAUCGUCGCGUAAUUUCACCUGGAAAACAACUCUGGCCACCUUCGUCUUCGACUCGGUUUUUUUGGCUUCCAGUAAAAUAGACUCUCGCACAGUUUUUUUUUCUAUUUCUAUUUCUGGGCCAUAAUGUUGAGGCGUGAAUGUUUGGAUAACAGGUGCGCUAUGGCAGCCACCGGGAAUCUUCAACAAACUCCGUUUGUCAACGAUCAGCGGAAAGGAUGUCCGGUAACGGAACCCUGUCCCGAUGGGAUGCCAAAGGACACGUCGGUGGGUACAAUCUGAGUCGUCUCUCAUUGAUAAAACUACAAAUUCAGGAUCAUCCCCCUGGAUGGAGAACAUUUUUUUUUUUUUUUUCCAAGUAAUAAUUCAUCAGAUCGUGAAAUUUUUUAUCGAUGAUUCGCAGUCCCGUAGCGCGGAUCCAUGUCCGAUGGCGGAAUUUCUCAAAGGAUCCGUCAACGGAGAUGGGGAAAAACCACCCCCGUAUUUUCCGCAGCCGGAGGAUUUCCUUCCAGCAAAAUCUGACGGUGAAAUGGGUCCGAUCGGCCCCUGGGCAACCGGUCGAACGGUUUUUACACCCGGUGGAGGAUUUACCGGGCUGAGACCGGUAUCCGAUCGGUAUUCGAUCACGCGAUUCAGCCCGGGAGAAUGGAGGGCGCAUAACCGGACUUUCUUCAACGAGUCCAAUAGGAUGAUACACGACGCACAACUGGCAGCGCACAACGGUAAGAACAGCAUACAACGCGUCUUCAAAGAAGCGGACGAUCAGCAGCGGGAAAAUAAGAAUCGAUUGUCGGACCGAUCGAGGGAGGUGUUCAAGUGGAAAAGUGAACUGGAACGCGCGUUGAUCACGAUGACCGAGGAAAUAGAGUUGCUGGAGGUCGAAUAUCGGCGGGUCAAGUCGUCACUUUCCGUUUUGACUAUCCCCGAAUCGAUAGCCGGGGAAUUUCUUCAGCUGAGAUCUACGAGGCUCGAACCUGACCUUGUCCGCGACGAGGUCAACGACGAACUGAUCAAGGAACUGGGACUUUGUUCGGAGAUAAGGGAGCUUCUCGGUAGAACGAAGGAUCAAAUUGAGAGACAAGCGGCGGAAUUGAAGUCGGCGAAAACUCGGAUGGAGUUCGACUGGACGGAUAAAAAGGACGCUUACGAAACGGAUGCCAAGUGUAUCGAGCUUGCGAACGACUCGCCUCUGAUCCUGUGGAAGCCUGGGGCCGCUAGAUUUCCCGGAGAACAAUCGACGUCGAGUGGCUACGAGCACAUGACGCGAGAAGCUCUGGCUCAGGCGGAAGCUACGCGCGAAAGAUCGGCAACCCUUCGAGCUACGUUGGAUUCGAUUUACGUAAAUUCCGUCCGUGAUCUCCGUACUCAGGCGGAUCGAGUCGACGCUGCUUUGGCGCAGAAAGUAUCCGUCACUCAGCAGUGCUGCGAACGUCUGGAAAAAGAAUUGCUCAGGUGCUUGUACGAGAUUUCCAACGUAGAGGAAACGAUAAAAAAUCUUCGUUCAUCGACCAGGAAUUUGGACAACACUUUAAAAGUUGCACAGAGUCGACUGGACAACCGGCUACUCCGGCGUAACGUUGAAAGCUGUCGCGAUAUUCCACAGUUCGGGCUGAUCGAGGAGGUGAAAACCCUGGGUCAGAACGUAACUAUGAUGAUGGGCCAGAUAGAGAGAGCGGAAGAAUCUCAGAAAGGAUUGGUGAAGGCGCGUGGUAAUUUGGAACGGGAAAUAAUCGUCAAGCGGAAAUCACUUUACGUAGAUCGCGAACGGGGACAACUUCUGCGUUCAUUUUAUCCAUCGGCCGUUGCUCUCUCCGGACACACUUGAAGCUGAUGUCAUUUUUUAUUGAUUUCUUUUCCAC